AUUUGACAUUCUGAUAAUCUGAUAGAUUUGUGUUUCCGAUUGUUGUGAAAUUGCUUUAGAAAACUUUUUAUAUGCAAAUAAGUCAUGUCUCUCCGGUUGAAAACUCAUUUUCCGUUGCGGAAACCGUGAAAAUGCACGAGAAUAUAUGCUUGCAGUGCAAAAAAGUGCCGCAGGGUCCACUGAACCGCUUGGUGCAGGAUUCCUGUGGCCACAAGAAAUGCAGGACUUGCUUACUAAACGACGAUGUGCGGUGCUCCCAGUGCGAAGAAGACAGUUUUUGCGGCAAGAACUUCAAAAGUAACUUUAAAUGUGAUAAAAACGGUGAUAGUGUUAACGAAGUUGUCCUCAAUAAUCACACGGGCGUUAUACAAGUCAAUGGCAAUGUUCCUAAUAAUGUGAAUGGUAGCGAGAUCAACGGAAAACAUGAGAACUCUUAUUGUGAACUGAAGAUUGAGACUAAAUACGUUGAAACGCCCGUUGCAAGGUCAAUUGUUAAACCCAGUGCAGAAGAAACACAGAGAUUGACACCAGUCAGUGAAAAAUCCAGUAGUUCCAACAUUCCAAAUCACAUCAAAGUACUUACAGAACCCCUGUCAUACCAUUGUACAAUUUGUGAUAAGAAGUUCAUCACAAAGACUCAUGCAAAGUACCAUGCUUAUUGUACAGGUGCUCCAAAACCUUACAAAUGUGAGGUGUGCCAAAAAGAGUUCAUUCUUAGAGCACAACUAGAUGUACACUCGUAUAAACAUAAGAAUAGUAAGCCACAUGUAUGCACUGUGUGUAAGAAAUCUUUCAGUGAUAGGUCAAAAUUGUCUCGACAUGUUGCUGUCCAUUCUACUAUCAAGUCAUUCAUUUGUUCUACUUGUGGUAAUGCUUAUAGAAGUAAGGAGUCGCUGAGGUUGCAUUCAGUAACACAUAAGUCUGAAAAACCUUAUGGGUGUAAGUUGUGUUCUGCAAAGUUCAACAACUUAUCCAACUUGAAUAAGCAUGUGAUCACUCACUCAAAAGAAAAGUCUCAUAUGUGUGACCAGUGUGGGAAGAGAUUUAAGCAGAAGCUGUCUCUGUCUGUACAUCGUAGAUCACAUUCGAGGACUAGGCAACAUCAGUGUGGAGUCUGUCUGAAGGCUUUUGUGAAUGGCAAAGACCUGAAGAGACAUAGUCUCAUACAUGCAGAUACAAAAGGAUAUGCAUGUGGUAUCUGCACAACAAGCUUCAGAAGAAAAGAUAAUCUACGGAGGCAUAUGAAGAAUACUCACCCAGGCCACCGCAGCCGCCGGCAGCAGCGGGCGGAGUCAACACCGAUCCGGCUGCAGCAGUCGAUAGGGACGCAGCAAGAGGCGGGGUCGUCUCAUCAAGACAUCAAUAUACAGACAGAGACGCAGACACACCAGUCGCACCGCCCGCGACGACGGUCAUCAAUGGACCCAUCAAGCUCGCGUUUAAGACGCCGGCUUUCAAGAGCCACUACAAUAUUAACAGAGAUUUCAACUAUGUACCAGCUUCUCAGCGCGAGAACAGCCAUGUUAUGGCAGAGUCGAUAGACAUCUGUCACAAGAUUCUGUCAACCAGCUCUUCCAAUUCUACUACAACUACAAGGGGUAUCAUCCGUAAAGCAGAGCCCACAUCAGAAGAGAUUUGUCAGAAGAUCCUUGGUCAAAAUCCCACCGCGCUGCCACUGCAUUACGAAACGUCUUUCCAAAACCGCAAGCAUGCUAUGAUUAAGAAUAUCAAGUUUAAAGUGCCUAUUCAGUACACCAGGAACUUUCAGGAGGAGCAAAGUACAGUUGAUGUUGAUGCUGAGGAUGAAGAGGAUGUCCACAAGAGUGUAAUAGUCAAUAAUAAUAAUGUGACGCAAAGCAGUAGCUUGCAUUGGAGAAGGAGGACUUCACAGAACUUACAGUAUCGACCAAAAUUGGAUUAAGUGUAAAGAAGGAAUAUUUAUUGAAGUAAUGCAACAUCUGAAACUUAUCCCGUGGUUUUCAUGUCGAUAAUCCCCCAUGUUUGUCUGGCUAAUGGCUAACUACAUAUACAUAUUUGAAAUUCUCCUUUAAUGUAGUAUGUUUUGGUUACAACAGUGAGACAUGACACUUUUGACAAUAUUUUAUUUACCGGUUUCCCAGGUGUCACUUCGUUUGUUUUUCCUUUGCACCUGGAAGACAGGUUAAUAAAGUAUUGUCAAAAGAGUGAUUCAUGUGCUGAACAAGGUCAGCAUUCUGACUGAAAUGUAUACUAAACUAAAGAAGAAUUUCAAAUUUAUGUGGAUUCAUCUGAACAGACAUACAUGGGGAUUUUUUAGAGUACUGUAUUUACAAGUAUAGAGGAGGCUAUCAUCCCUUGAAGUCCUCAAAUUUUCAAUUUGUAGCCUGAAAAUUUGUGUGGAGGUUUUUUACAUGACGUAGUGCAUUUUACUAUAUUGUUUCAUUUAGUUUGAAAUGCUGUCUUCUAAUUUGGUUAUGGUUACUUUACUUUUUUCUAACUUCUACAGGAAUUCCGUGCUAUCAUUUUCUACAUUACUGAACCGUUUUUUUAAUGGAGUACAUAAGUAAAUAUUGUUACUAUUUUAUCAUUCUACAGCAGCUAAGUUGUAUAUUAUAAGUGGAAAACGUUAAUUUUGCGACCCUGACUGUGAACAUAAAAAACGCUUCAUUUUAUUUAAGUACUGCCUGAAGACAGCCAAUACAGCGAUCUGAAAGAAACUAGCGCCAGUAGCAGAACGUCAAAAUGAAUGUAUAAAUCUACUUUGGAAAGAGUUGAAGCGCCAUCUAUCAGACAAUAGCAGGAUCACACACUUAUCUAUUUCCAAAGUAGAUCUCUAAAUUCACUUUUGUGUUCUGCUAUGGUCGUGUAAAUGUCGCUAAUAUCUUUUAUAUCUCUUUGUGAACAUCGAAAUACAGUAGUUGAACUUCAAAUUAAAAACGACAAGAUUUCCCUGGACAAAAUUUUCGCACCGCCCAAGCCUAACAGUGCGCGUCAUAUGUCAUCCGUGAUAGAAGGAUCAACUACUUUUAUGUCACUCCUUUACGGUAUCGUGUGUAUAAAAGCGGCAUUCAUAUUUAAUAAUGUACUUCAGUGAAAAACAAAGGGUAAUCGUGGGCAUGUCCGCAAUAAAAGAAUAUCAGCAGAAGUAGAAGGUUUUGGUAACCCGAGCGACGUACGUUUCUGCUUAUUGACUUCGUCAGACCCAAAUGAGUUUUCAUCGAAAACACCGAAGUGAAAACAGAGUACACUGUUCUAUAUGCAAUUAAUUAAGUUUUGAGAAAAACGCAGUAGAAAUAUAUGAUUGUGCUUAUGCCAUAAAAAAGAAAAGCACGACAAACUACUAUAAAUUUGUUUUUUUCAUAUAGAUUUUGCAUAUCCAAAAAACCAUACAACUAUGUUACAGUAAUGAAAAAACUUUAUUAGAGCUAAAGUAACAUACAACUUUGUAUUCCUUCUUAAGCAGUAACUGUAGUUCACGUAAAUUUGUAAACAAAUAAUAACAAAACAGGUUUUUUUUAGUUUAAUAUGCAGAAAACUAGUAGAAAGCAGAUAUUUAACGAAUAAUCAAACUGCAUGAUAAUAGGCUUGGUCUACAGCGGGCAUGUAUUUAAACAUGCUUUUUAUCGCUAAUAUUUUAUUUGGAGGAAUUGUUUUCGAUACAGAUAUGCGCGUUUGAGGUCCACCUAUAGAAUCGGAUCGUGUAGCUUGAUAUUCACGAAUACAUACUUUCUUCCAUUCGUGGUGAGAGUGGUGUACUUUGUAUUCCAUCUCUAGUAGAGAUUGAGAGAACUUGAGGGUAGCGAUUCGACUGGAAGGCACCAAUUUGUAAUUGUAGAUAGCUGCACAUGUUUUGUAGUCCUUAAAAUCGUUUUCUUUGAGUUGCAUAAUUUUGUAAGGUUUUAUAGAAUUUACUUUCAAAAAUAAACGUAGAAGAGAAAGCGAGGAGUAAUAUUCAGAUUUUUACAAAACCCUUUCUAUGCAACAACGAUUUCAAUUGCGGAUUAUCUGCAAACUCUGCUUAUAAAAUCUUGAUAAGAGCCCUAGUGAUAUCAUUGCAGCCCCUCCCCAUUAUGGCCUCGCUCCAAUGAGCAGUAGACUUGCUUCGUGCUCGAAAGAAUUGCAGUCAAGUUGUAAACAUUGAGUUUACUUUUAUAGUAAAACUUACUCACUUCAGCAUGUGGACAUAAUAAUACGUUUUGCAGAACGAAGACUAAAGAUAUAUUGCCAUUGUCUCUACCUUUCUUUUUUCUUCUAGAGCUGCAUUUUUCUCUUCAACAUGCUUCUCGUACUCAGUAUUUCUCUGGUCUGUUAGUGUUUCUUCAUUGAUCUUCAUUUUAACUUCCUCGCACAAAUCAGAUCUAUCCUUUUUUGAUGUAUGAAAAUAUAAGUUGUAGUCUUGACAAAACAUAGAUCUAUAAAAGGACUCUUUCAUUGGUUGUUUGUAUGAAGAGGUACAUAUAUCUUUAUAGAGUUCAUACGUUUUCCUUAUAUUCAGAGAAGGAUCUAGGUAUUGUCGCUGAGUUGUAGCUCUCCAGUAGUGCGAUUCUACUCGAGGAAAAGCUUCAAUAGGCGAUUUAACACAUUGGCUACAAAUGAUGUAUUGAUUUUUCUUCCUUGAUAUACCGUAUGUAUCACCGGUGCGAUAAUUUCUUGGUUCAUUUGCGGACCAAAUGUAUCACCGGUGAUAUCGUGCAUUAGUAUAUUUAAUGGAUUGUUAGAGCUAAUGGGAUAUACAGGAAGGCAAAUAAAUUAUGACAAUGGGUCACAGGUGAACGAAAUACAUUGUAGAAUAAGUGGGUAUCACCGGCGACUCACGAUUGUAAAGUUAAGCGAAUUGGAAUGCGAGGGUACUUAAACUAAACAAGAAAUAUUUUUAAAAUGAAUAAUUCUUAGUGGAAUAUAAGCCUAAUAAACUACUAAGAACUAUCCAUUUUAAUUGAUGAAAACAAAUAAAUAUCUUCUACUAAUGUAAUUUACGUUUAUUAAAAAUAAGAUAUGAAUAAAACAAAUUCUAAGAGAUAUUUUAACAGAAAACCUUACAUUUUAAUGUUUUUUUUGGAAACAUUCCAAACAUAACGCAGGAAUAUUCGGACACUCCUUACAAGAAGUGGAAACCAGUUUGGCCUUAUUUGCUGCUAUUUUUGAUUCCUUGUGAACGGCAUACUCUUUGUCAUAGCAUCCGACGCAUCGUUUUCUCUUCUUGCGAUUGUCUUUCGUUCUUUCACUAAUCGUAAUCAGUAGGUGUUUGACUUUAUUAUUAUUUUUUCUUUGUCUAAAAUAUCCCCAAGCAACCCCAUCACAAGUGCCUCUCUGAACUCUGCGACUUGAAUUUUCUUUUUGUUUGUUAGUUGAUAAAAGAUGAGAGCAUUGAUAACUGAAGUACCAAAAAAAUAUUCAAAUGCAACCUUGUCGUACCAUCUUAGAGAUCGACGGAGAACCGUAAAAUAAGAAGCCAAUUGAUCUGAUAAAUCAAUGCCCAUCUUUAACUUGUUGUAAAACACAAUAGCUUCUGGUUUAUGAAUGGAUUCACCUUUACGAUUUUUUUUGUUGGUAUCUACGAUUUUUAAUGUAUGCCUGGUGCUGAUAAAUCUAACAGAUCUCUUGUCUUUCCAGUUUCUAUAACCUUCCCGUUAUUUUCUUUUCCUUUGAUACCCCCUUUUUCAUUUUCUUCUCAUCCAAAAUUUCUCUUGGUACACCUUUUACUCUCUUGCGCAGUGAUUAAUUUUUGCCAAUUAUUCAUACACUUGCUUUGGCCGUCUUUUAUCGUUUUUAUUGUUUUAGCUGGUACAGCCUUCUUUCUUACGGAUAUGUAUGCUUUACCCGCAGCGUGAGCAGCUUUUCUGAUAUUACAUUUCCAUAAAUCAGAAUUCCUCUUUCUUUUCUGUGUUAGUGAUUUUGUAGGGACGUUUUCGAUGUUCAAAGUUAUUUCUGAUUCUGCGCUAAUAUGUUCAUGACCAAACUCAUCGCUACCAUCAGAGUCCUCACUACUAUUCGUUCACACAGACGUGUGUUAUUUUUAAAUAAAAAUAAUACAAAACAUCUACCUUUUAUAAUUUGCUGUAUUUUAAUCUGCUGAGUUGUAUCCAUUUAGAUUUUCCAAAUUAUGUAUACUGGAACUUCGAGUGGAGCUCAACAUAUUCUCUUCUUUGAAUAUUUUUGCUCUAGAAAAAUUCAUUACAAUUUUUUUCUUUCUUGCGAUUUGAAAGUAUACCUUAAAUUCGAGAAUGUUUCAUUUUCAGAGUCAUAAUCGAUUAGUAUGAUAUUCAUAUUUUCUAUUUUAACUAGAAGAGACAUAAAUAAUAAUUUCUAAAUCUGCAAAUAUGGUGUGGGUUAAACCUAACCUCAUUUUGUGUACUCAGGUUUUAUUUUAUGCAAAAAAGAAGAAAAUAUGAAUAGUCCUCACAAGAAUAUGAUGUCUAAACAACUUACCAUCUAAGUACACUGCAAAUUUUUCGCGAGUAACAAAUACACAGACCAAACAACUAGGCUAUAUCAAAACUGAAUGUCGAAUAACGAUAUUCAUGUCCGCGUACAUGCGUACAGCAAAGUUGUAUGUGCAACAUUCCCUUUUGUUAAAAACCGCUAAGGCCAGGCGCGCACAUGCCAUUUUCGGUUGCACGACUGAAAAAUCGUGAUCGCGGAAAAAUGUAUAUACAAUUUUUUGGGCGCGCACUUUUAGUACCAUCAUGGAUUUUACUCAAACUGCUUCUGUGGUUGCGUUGCUAUUGCGAAAAAAAGCCAAAACACGACGUAAAAAGCAAUACUGGGCACAUCCACUGAUAAGUCAAAGAUUGCUGAACGACUUAAGAGAUCAUCCAUAUAAAUUUUUUCAAUAUUAUAGGAUGAGUGUGAAUAUGGGUAAGACGUCAAUGGUGUGAACAGUUUUGAUGAAUUACUUCAAAGAAUAGUGCCGAAAAUAACAUAUCAAAACACUAACUAGAGAAAUUCUGUGCCACCUGAAGAGCGUUUAUCGGUCACAUUGAAGUAAGUAUAAAUACACUAUUUUUUAAAUGAUUUUAUUCUCAUACCCAUUUUGUGUUAUUGAUUUGACAAGUCAAACAACUCAUUAUUAGAAUCACAGGGUGCAGGUGAUAAUGUCUGUGAUAAUGUCAUAGAGUAAUCACAUGAGGAGGAACCUGCCGUGGGAGAUAGUAAACCAUGUGAAAAUUGCGAAUAGUAACUCCUGAUAGAACAUUCUGAAUUCUGCGAAACGGUGGUUUAUGGAUGUCUUGAUGGCUGCGAAACUGUUUGUGAAUGUUCUGGUGGCUGCGAAAUGGUUUGUAGGUGUCCCGAUGGCUGACAAUUGGAGAAUGGAAGUACCUGCGAAGGCGGUUUUUAGCUAGCUCUACGGGUCAUGUCAGGAUAGUGAACAACUGGCGGAGCAUAGUAAUUCCUGGCAUAUUUCAUUACAUUUAGGAUCUCUAUUUUAGCGUAAUGUUUUUGUUCGUCGUUCAGUUUUUGUAGCAUGGGGAUAAGCAUUAAAGCAAAUUGCUUGUUCUCCUCGAUAUCUUCGUUUUGCUUUUUUUGAAGGAUGCUUAAUAGAGAGCUUUCGGACGACUUAUUUUUUGUGGUGUUUUCUUAGGACGACGCGUUGGAGUGUUCAGUUGAUCUUCAUGGUUGUCUUGCAAAUUAGGACGUUGAGUGGGCGUGUCCUCUUCUUGGAUAUUGUCGUUAGUAUUUUCUAUAGGUGCAGUGUUACUACUUGUAGGUCGAUCAUUCAUGGAAGGAAGCAGAAAUAACAACAAAUCGAAAUAAAUGUAUUUUCGUCUUUUUUUUGCAGGUUCACCACUUUUCACUUUUCGUUGAGGUGCAAGUUCCCUUGCAAAGCAGUCCUUCAGAUUCUUCCACUUUUUCUGUAUUUCUUUUCCUGCAAUUUGAAACCAAUUGAAGCGUGCCAUAUGCAAAAGGUGGUAUGUGCAAUUCUAUAAAUUUUACAGGAGGCACAUUAUUUUGUUUUGUUUUGUCUUACUAAGAAAUACAAAAUGUUUGUAGCUAUUUCUGAUAUCUUUUUGGAUAUAGGCAAGUAAUAAAACACAUACUUUAAUGAAAACAUUGGUAUUAAAACUAAUAUUCGCCAUUAAUUAUCAAAACGUAGUAUGUGCCAAUAAAGUUGCACAUGUAUAAUGAAUGGUAAAAAUCGUAUUUUAAACAAAAAAUCAACAUGUAUUGUUUUUCUAACGCCUUUAAUAUACAAGACAGUGUGUUCUAAUACAAAACAUUUUAUUAUAAACCUUAAGUUAGCUAAUUUUUAUUCAUUUUGUAGGGCCUCCUGACUCUCCACCAAUUUUUGAUAAAAUUCUUGAUUGGCGGGUGAAAUAAAAGGAAUCAUACUUUUGAUUUGUUUAAUUUUUUCUUUGUUCCAUUUACGGGGUGCUUGUUCCACCAGUUCAAUGUUUAAAUUUUCAAAAUAUUGUGGUGUAACAUUUGGUUUAAACACACUCACUUUGCGCCACGGUGCGAUCUCCGAGUACGACGUUUUAACUUCAACUUGCUCUAAGUUGUCCUUAGAUAUUUUCAGCAUUACAGCUUGGGAGAUGCCCAGGGUGGAGGUUACAAGGGUAGUUUUGGAAAUUUCCAUCCAGUAGUGCAUUUAAUUACAAAUGGAUUCUUCAAACGUGCACUUGCCAUUAUACGCACCAAAUCCAUAGGUAUUUCAGGCUUAAGACCUUUUUUGGCUUUUUCUAUGCAGCCAAAGUCCCUAUCACAUGAUAGGAAUGUGUGGCCACUUUGUGGAAACUUGUGCACUAUCUCGUCGAAAUACCCUUUGGCUACCAAGGUAAUAUAAACAGCCAAAAUACCCUGGUUUUUAUUCUGCCCCCCGCAGUUAUCGGACCAUAAAACCAAUUUUCGCUUUGUAGUAUUAAGCUGAGUUGUAACGUAAUCAUACAAACAACUACCGAUUUCGUUACAUCCUCGUUUUCCAGCUGUUUCAUCCCAUAGGUACAUAAAACCUUUUCCUUCAUCUUCAAAAUGUAUUCCCGGAUUAAUACAAGUAAACUGCCGACUAUAGUACAUCUGCGUAUGAGUCAAUGCUGGAAUAUCACACAGACAUCAGAAUCAGG